GUGGCCAGUUUGGGCAACCCGCGGUACUGCCUGUCGGGCGCAGUCACCCGGGUUAUUGUUCUCUCAUUCUUUCAGUCAUGGACGUCUCUGGCUCGAGCCACUACGUUCACGGAAAUCGUCCGGCGUCGAUUUCAGAGCUUGCCACAAGGGCACAGGACAUCUUCUGGGACCCGAACAAGGGUCUGAAGCACUGGUUGCGUACCGCGGAGAAGGCCAGAAGAACAGCUGAGCAGCUUGUCAAGGACGGCGAUUAUGAGAAUGCGUUCGUGAAUUAUGCUAAGGCCGCCACCGUUGUACUGGAAAAGAUACCUACGCAUCGAGACUACAGCGUCUUAUUGACUCCCGAUCAGCGGAAGAACCUUGAUAUGGUUGUAUUGUGAACACUAGAUGCAGCGGGAGGUGAAGUUAGCAGCGGGAUGUGGCGGUUGUACGAAAAUGCAUCCGUUACGAAUUGUUUCCAGGUUACCUCUUCAGAACCGGUCGGGUGA